AUGUCAAACCUGGUCCUCGGACUCAUCCUGGUCCUGCUCAUCCUUUUGACCAUCAGCGGUAACGUGACAGUGUGUCUGGCCGUCUGCGUCUCCCGACGCCUGCGCUGCCUCACAAACUGCUUCAUCAUCUCACUGGCUGUCACCGACCUGCUGCUCGGCCUCCUGGUUCUCCCUUUCUCUGCGCUGCUCCAGCUGACCAACGACUGGCCGUUUGGCCCCAGAUUCUGCAACUUCUACAUCUGCAUGGACGUCAUGCUGUGCACGGCUUCUAUUCUGACCCUGCUGGUCAUCAGCGUCGACCGUUACCUGGCCGUGACGAUGCCGCUGAGAUACUCUUCGCUGGUGCUGCCAUGGAGAGUCGCGGUGGCAAUGGCAAUUGUUUGGACCACGUCUCUGGCGGUGUCUUUCCUGCCCAUCCAAAUGGGCUGGAACACUGCCAAUGGCACAGUGCAGAACUACGGCCCUUGGAGCCAGAAAAGAACUUGCCGCUUUGAACUGAACAGGCCAUAUGUUUUGACAGACUCCAUCCUUACAUUCUUCCUGCCACUGUUAGCGAUGUGCUGCAUCUACCUCAAAAUACUCCGCAUUGCAAGAGAACAGGCCAAGAGGAUCGUCCAGGCUCGACCCAACAAUGCCAGGACCUUCCAGGGUGGGAACAACAAACCCACCAUUUCUGCAGUGACCCUACGCGAGCACAAAGCCACAGUUACAGUCGCAGCCGUCAUCGGUGCUUUUAUAGUUUGCUGGUUGCCUUAUUUCAUCAUGUUCACUCUGCUGGGCUUGAGGGAGCAUCCUCACCCAAACGCAGUGACAGAAUUCUCCAUAGUUCUGUGGAUCGGCUACACAAACUCCGCUCUAAAUCCAAUUCUGUACGGCGCCCUCAACAGAGACUUCAGGUCGGCCUACAGACAUGUGCUGGGAUGUUCUUGUUCCAAUGGGUGCAGAAGUCAAACACAGUCAGCAGUGAUGGCAGAUAACAAUGAAACUCAACAGUGACAGUGCUUUACUGAAUAUAGUCACAAUAAAUGUCAUUCAACAGUAGCACCUCAUAAACAUCUCAGGGCUUUUUCAUUAAGGAAAAUAGAGUCAUAUCCAUCGGGGAAAGACUGCUACUGAAAGUGGCCAAAAAAACUUGACAGAACCAGACUAAAGCUGGGUAGCUACUUCCAGGCAG